AAUUUCUCAAUACUGCCAUAUUGACAUGCUGGGCAAAUUACCUGGAACUUUCAUGCUAAGAAGUUUCAAGAGUUUGUACGUACCUCAUUUUUUGCGAUUUCGACGAGGCAGUUUUAGAGUGCGACGUGCUAUGUCAUCGAGUGGAGCAACUGGAGUUGGAGCUGGAGUUGGAGCUGGAAUGGCAUACGUGUCUGAGGCGGAAGAUAGUCUUUCAAAUUUGAGACAACAGUUAGAACAAGACUUGACACCUCAUGAACUACUAAAGAAUUCAGCAACUAAUGCAACAUUAGCGGCCAUAAACAUGUUUUCUCAGAGCGGCCUCGUUUAUAUAAGUUCCCUGAGAGAAUAUGUAGACAUUCUCGAAACUUUAAUAAGAACUCUGAAUAUCCGUGAAAAAACAAAUUAUAUAGAAGAUGAGGAUGUCGUUUGGCAGACUAUCAUAGGACUGCGUAACACUAUUCAAAUAAAAAGAGAGGCUGUUAUUAAAAACGGCACAAACUAUCAGGCUUGCUAUAAUUCCCUGAAUAGUGUUGCUCAGACGUCCUUUGAAAUCGGUUCACAAGACACCCCGAUAUUUGCUAACGAACGUAUUCAAGUCAUCAGCAGCAAAGUGGAUUCGCUAAGAGAUCUAGCUCAAAGUCUUGAGGAUGAGAUACGAGAUUUUGAUAUAAAUAGUGUGAAAUCUGAAAAUUAA